CAUGGACGGCGCCCCUCCGCAGGAGGAGGACUUUUCUACCAUCCCCGUCCAGGAUCGCCUCGCCCACAAGAACUGGAAAGCCCGCGUCAGCGCGUACGAGUCCCUCGUCAAAACCUUCCAGACGACCGCAUCCGAUACCGAUCCUGCAUUCAAGCCGUACGUCAACAACCCGGACCUGCUCAAGAAGAUCGUCACGGACUCGAAUGCGGUGGCCCAGGAGAAGGGCGUCGAGUGCGUGGUCGCGCUCGUCAAGUACUCCGGAGAGACCUCCGCGAAGACUAGGGAAGUAGUUGUCCCGGCUUUGGUGGAUAAAUGCUUCGGGUCGGCCAGGGCUGGCACCAAGAAUCAAGCUGUCGAACUUGUUUUGCAAUACAUCGAAGUCGAGAACGGAGGUGCGGGCGUUGUGGGUGACAUUCUGCCCGGCUUGGGGGCGAAACAGCCCAAAGUAGUUGCUGGGACCGUCGUCGCUAUCAAAGAAGCAGUCCGGAACUUUGGGAUCCAAGUAGUCCCUCCACCCCCAGUCCUUAAGAGUCUGCCGAAGAUCUUCGCGCAUACCGACAAGACUGUUCGAGCCGAAGGAACCAACCUCGCACAUACACUGUAUCAGUAUCUCGGGCCUGCCAUUGAACCAUGGCUCGCCGAUCUGAAGCCGGUGCAAGUCAAGGAGCUGAAGGAGGCUUUCGAGGCUAUGGAGAAGGACGGGAAGGGCAGGGGUACCUUGAAGCCUGAGAGGAUGACCAGGCAGCAAGCCAGGGAGGCCGCGGAAGCGCAGGAGGCGGGUGAGGACCAAGUGGCAGGAGGCGAUGAACCCGAAGAGGAUGCAGCGUUGGAUCCGCGCGCUUUUGCCGAAGAAGUCGAUAUCGUCCCUAAACUCCCCUCGAACUUACAUGCCGCGCUCGGUUCUUCCAAAUGGAAGGAACGCAAGGAAGUCUUGGACGACCUGCUUACUCUGCUCAACGCGACGCCCAAGAUCAAGGAUGCCCCUGAGCUUGGUGAAGUGGCCAAGGCCAUGGCAACGCGGAUACACUCCGACGCGAACAUCAACUGCGUGAUAGUCGCCGCUCAGUGUCAGGAGGCGCUUGCCAAGGGGCUCAUGGGAGCUUUUGGACGAUAUAGAGAAGCGGUCGUCACUCCAAUGCUUGAAAGGCUGAAAGAGAGAAAGGCGAAUGUCACAGAUGCUAUCGGAGCUGUCUUAGACGCUGUCUUCGCGACCACGACUUUGCCCGAUAUUUUGCCGGACAUCCAGGGCGCCUUAGGCUCCAAGAAUCCCCAAGUCAAGGAAGGGACGCUGAAAUUCCUAGCCAGAUGUCUCUCCACAUCGACAGUACCCGUUCCUCCCCCUCAGCUGAAACCGCUCUCCGAGCAGUUAGCUACAUUGUUAGAGGACUCCUUUGCGGGUGCGCGUGACGAAGCCGCGAACUGUUUGGGAACUUUAAUGAAGAUGGUGGGCGAGCGGCCUUUGAAUGCACUCGUGGAGGGAUUGGCGGACGUCAGGAAAGCCAAAGUCAAAGAGGCGUACGAGAAGGCGACGGUAAAGUGCAAGGCAGGUGCUGCACCUGCACCCAGGGCUCCCCCUGCAAAGGCGCCCCCGAAAGCUGUACCUCCAUCGAAGAAGAGUGCUCCGGCUCCUGCUGCACCCCCGCCAGAGUCACCACUGGAAGCUCCUCCGGAGAAGAAGCCUGUUGCAAAGCCUCCAGCGCGGCUCAUGGCUAAGAAACCUCCUACUGCGGCAGCUGCAGCUGUCCCGGCCAAGAAACCUGUCCCUGUAGCUGCCGCUCCUGCAUCGAAACCUGCGAAAGGCGGUGCCGCGGCUGCGCCGGGGGCGUUGGACACGUUCAAGUUCAAGCACACGCCGGAGGAUGCGGACGCCCUGAUCGCCGAAGCAAUCCCUGCACAGAUUCAGACUGACUUCGCAGAUUCGAAUUGGAAGACUCGAUUAGCUGCGCUGGAGGAAAUGACCAGCUGGCUUGAAGGCGUGGUAGAGGAGGUGGACGCUGAAGUCAUCGUGCGCUUCUUGGCCAAGAAGGGCUGGUCAGAGAAGAAUUUCCAGGUCUCUACCAAGCUGUAUGGUAUCCUAUCUCUCCUGGCCGAGAGAUGUCCUUCCUUCGGAAGAUCUUGCGUAGCACUGAGUACACCUCAUCUGAGUGAAAAGCUGGGUGACAUGAAGCUGAAGAAACCAGCUGGAGAGACCUUACUCCUGAUGGCAGAACAGACGUCUCUCCAAUUUGUUCUUAGCCAAGCGUAUGAACCACUCUCUAAGCAGAAAGCUCCGAAGGUGCUUGCGGACUCGCUGACCUGGAUUGAGUCUGCUGUGGUAGAGUUUGGAGUCGCUGGAGUUUCCCUGCGGAGCCUAAUUGACUUCCUGAAAACGGCUCUACAAAACUCCAACGCAGCCGUACGUACCAAUGCGACCAAAACUUUGGUGACCAUAAAAUUGUUCGCCGGGUCAGGUAUCAAGGACCUCCUGGGAGAUCUAAACCCCCAGCUUAUGAACACCAUCAGCAAUGAGUUCGACAAAGUAGAAGGCACCCCACCCCCGGUGCCGACCCGUACGUCGAGAGACCUCGCGGCGAUGAGCUCCCAAGGCGACGCCCCAGGCAAGGGUGGUGCACCAGCAGGGGGUGAUCCGUUGGACGACUUGUUCCCCCGGGUGGAGAUCGAUGGCCUGCUGAAAGGCACAACGAUCCUAGCUGAUGCGAAGAGCGACGCAUGGAAGACUAAGAAAGAAGCAUUGGAAACAUUGCAAGCCAUAUUGGAUCAAGGCCCGAACAAACGUCUGAAACCGAAUAUGGGCGAGAUAGGUCAAGUUUUGAAGGCCAGAGUGACUGACUCGAAUAAAGCUGUGCAGACACUUGCUCUCGACAUCGUCGCGCGGAUUGCAUCAGGCAUGGGAAAGCCUUUCGAGAAACAGACACGGUUCUUCGCAUUGCCAGUGGCCACUGUUUUGGCUGACCAGAAAGCUCCAAUCCGGGCAGCAGCUCUGCAGACCCUCACUGCAAUGGCGACCGCUUGUGAAGGGCUGGAGUCAAUGACUAAUGGUCUGGCUACGGCGCUCGAGUCUUCUAAUCCGCUACAGAAAGCAAACUUACUCAACUGGAUCGCGGAAUGGUUCAGCGAGCAUCCGCCUCCAUCAAGUCUUGACCUGCACAGCUGGGUCGGGCCUGUCGUUUCAUCUCUCGAUGACCGUUCUGGGGACGUCCGCAAGGGCGCACAGGCCGUCUUACCAUUUCUCGUGGCUUGCACCGGGUUUGACUACGUGAUGCAACAGACAAACUCUCUCAAACCCGCGUCCCGAGCUAGUGCUGUUCCCCUCAUCAAUGCUGCUCGUGGUUCAGCUCCUGCAGCAGUGCCAGCUCCCCCGAAGGUACCAGCGGCAGCAGCUCCUAAAGCUCCGGCAGCGCCUCCCAAAGCAGCCACUCCACCUCCAGCGCCUUCGCCCUCACCACCUCCAGCGCCAGCAAGCAAGGUAGCCCCCCCGAGUAAAUUGACUGGCAUCCGCCGAAAACUCCCUCAAGGUACGAUUGUCCGGCCCGAUUCUCGAGCGGAGUCUGUGGAGGAUGCACCCACAACUCGUAUGCCAACGAAGCUCGGUGGGUUGAGACGACCUGGUGCACCUUCUGCGGGUCCUCCCAGGGCGCACGCGCCCACGUCUCCUGUUCAGUCGAGCAAUGACCCAUUCCUGACGGCCCGUGAGGAUCCUAAGAAAGCUCGGCUGACUAAGGAUGGUCAGAAAUGGAUCAAUGAAGCAGGGCCGACUCGGAAAGAUCUUGCUGAAUUGCUACAGCACCAGAUGGAGCCUCAUGCGUCCAAGGACGUUGUGGCGCUCUUAUUCAGCCAUGAUCAUAACGCCACCAAUGACUAUCUGUCGGGAAUGACCCGAAUAUGUGACUUCUAUGCAAGUUGCGACGUGGACGACGAGAACGCGAAGGCAUUACGGAUUGCAAACUCGGACUUGCCGCUUAAAUACGCGUCUAUGAAAGCGCACGAACCUCAAUCCAACGUGAUAUCCAAGUGCUUAGAUGUUGUGGAUUCUGUCCUCACAUUCAUGCGCACUGUUGACUACCAGUUGUCGGACGCGGAGGCAUUGUGUUUCAUUCCGACAAUGGUAUACAAGGUUAGACUCGGCGAUGCCAGGGAGCCUGUGCGACAACGAGUGCAACAGAUCAUACAAUCGCUACCAAAAGUGUAUGCGUAUAGCCGCGUCUUCCACUUGCUGCUUGAAAAUGGUCUCAAGUCGAAGGUUGCAAAGACACGUCAGGGAACCCUCGAUGAGCUUGCUAGCUUAUUGAAGCGUUUCGGCAUGAGCGCUUGCGAGCCCAACAAGGCGUUGCCUCAGAUUGCUUCGAUGAUCGCUGACAAAGACCCUCAAGUUCGCAAGUCUGCAUUGUCUGCACUCAGCGAGGCUUACGUUCUGGUCGGAGAAAAAGUAUGGUCUUUGGUGGGGACCCUCUCUCCGAAAGACAAGACACAGCUCGAGGAACGCUUGCGUCGAGUUUCGGGACCCAGUAGUCCAGACAAGCACGACAUACCAUUACCCCAUGCCGCUGCUCGCGUUGCGGGCAUGCCUAGACCUGAAUCACAAACUGGUGGCAUUCCCCGUCCGUCGAGUCCUGCAGCGGCUGUCAAGUCCCGCUUGGCUCGACCAUCUUCACCUUCUCGUCCCGUCGGGCCCUCUUCUCCAGCACCCUCUGGCGGCAGCCGUCCCACAUCGCCAGCCAGAACCACGGGACUACCCACUACCUCACGGCUUGUGGCUCCAUCCUCUCCCGUAGCUGCGGGCCGUCCUAAAUCACAUUUGCCUUCUCGAUUGGGCGCUCCACGUACUCGUUUGGCUCAACCGGGCGGCAUCGCGACCUCCGCGCAACGCAGGACAUCAUCAGUAGAGUUCCCUAAUAUCGCCGAAGUGACUAAUGGUGCCAUCCCCGAAAGCCGACCUUCUCAUGAUGCUCUGGACGACCUGACAGCUGUAGAAAUGCCACCAGAUGAUAUAACGAUCACUAUAUCCAGUAUCCUCAGUAGCGACCCCUAUCGAAGCGUUGACGCUCUCAAGAAGAUUCAGGAAAUCCUGGAAGUCGGUCCUGAAGCUGGACCAUCAUCGCCUGCGUACCAAGAGUUAGCGGAACAUACUGAAGGUUUAAUAGAGACUAUCACUCUGCAAAUGGCUCAUGUCUUCGACCAACCGGCGGAUCUGCUUCUCAAGGAGAAUUUCAGACUUGCUAAGCACCUAAUUCAAACCUUGAACGCUUUCUGCGACCAUACUCUAUUAGCCGAAUCGUUAACCGUGGACAACCUCACGUCUCUACUAGAAGAGCUGACUCUGCGGUUGCUUGAGACCGACGAUAGUCCGGACGGGCAGGUCAAGGAAUUGUCACGUUUCAUUAACAUGAUUAUUCUCAGAUUGUUUGCUACGGCCCGGAGAAUGUCUGUGUUCAGGGCUUUGUUUGCUCUUCUGCUCCAGAUCGUCAAACCUUUCCCCAGCAAUCGUACGCUGCCAGAGUCUAAAGAAGCCAAAGUAGCGGAGCUAGUCUUGAAGUGUAUAUGGAAAUUGGCGAGGAAUAUACCGCAAGACUUGGAGAAGCAGGUUCUGGAUCCUGUGGAACUAUUCCCGGCUAUUGAACAUUUCCUUCAAUCUGUUCCUCCAAAUGAGUGGCGUGCCCGGGCGACCAACAAAGUUCCUUGCGGGGACAUGCCAUUGCGCACAAUCAAAGUCAUUAUACAACAUGUCGUCGCGCAUUACGGAGACGAAGUUUAUGACUUCUUGUCAGCUUCGUUUGACGAUCCUUCUGCUACCAUCGUUUACCCUUACGUUUACCGUAUACUGAACGCUGGCGCCCGUAAUGGAACAGAGAUUCCAGCUCGAUUACGCCAUGAUUCGAUUAGGCAGCAAUCCCCGGCGAGCAGUCGGCCCAUAUCACCUACAACAUCCUCUGCGGCAUCGGCAGGACCCCGGCACUCAUCACCCAGUCAUCGCACCAGCCAUAGCGCAUCUUCUAUGAACGGGCAUGGCGGAUUUGCACCUCCUGUAGAGGAGCCAGAUCCAGAUGCUCAGCUGCUGACUAUAAUCAGCCACAUCUCUAGCGAAACGACAGGCGCCAUGCACAAAGAGGGUAUCACCGAGCUGCACCAUUUCUUGAAGGCUUAUCCACACAAGAAAUCGCGAGUGGAUAAAUUGCUGGAAUCAACUGGUCCUGCUUUCCGCAAAUACAUUACUCGAGCUUUAGCUAGCAGAGCCGCCGAAGACGAGGAUCGGAAUGCUGCUGUAGCCCAUACGUUGUCCAAACUCGAAUCAAAUAAGCCUGACCUUACUUCUCCUACCUCACCAAUCAGCAGCAAGGCUGAGAGCAUAGGCUCGCCGCGAUCACCAAGGAUGAGUACAUCUGAAAUGGCCGGCGCGGACGAGCGGUUAUCCAGGCUUCACAAUUUGUUCCAAUAUCGGUCAAGCGUCGCAAGUAAUGGUUCUGCUCAUGGACGAAGUCCUUCCACUACAAAUGGUCCCUCUACGUCCCCGGGUUAAGCUGGUGUGCGAUGUGAUUCCUUUCUCUUUCGAUCUUUGUAAGCAUAGUAUGCAUUCCUUUAUCUUUGUAUGAACCUUCAGUAUCAUUGCAGCUGCUCUAUAUUAACAUUAUAGUACACAGUUCCCGUCCCCAUGAUCGGAUUAUAUUUGUAGUUUCCGCCUUGUCAAUAUACCACCGGUGAUCUGGGUUUACGUGUCUCAUUAUUGGUACGAUCCUCGCAGUCCGAUAGAAUUAUGGAAAAUAUCUCAGUACUUAAGUUCUGUAGUACCUCAGAUGUCCACUUUGUAA